AUGACUCGGAACAUAAUAACCUCAGCAUCGGCGUAUAUCCAUAAUGACUCCUCGCAGAAGGAUGACCGGAACCAGUUUGUGAUACCAGCAAAGCCCAACGACUAUGAAGCGCUUUUCAAGAAACUCGACAUUGAAGAAACGGGUCACAUCACAUUCCUCGAUUUUGUCAAAGCCAUGAAGAAAAUAAACCACCCCAUGAGUGGGAAUCGCGAGAUGUUGCAGACUGUGUUCAACUCGUUUGAUGAAGAUCGGGAUAAAGUCAUCGACAUUAACGAUUUUAGACGACAUUUGAACACGACAGAUGAGCAAAUCUUGCGUGGGUUCAACAAGAUAGAUGAGGACAACGACGGACGCUUGAAUAAGCAGGACUUUGUUCGCUAUUUGCGGGAAAAUUUGAAGUUGAAACCCAGCGACGUUAAUGUCGAUUUGUUAUUUCGGCAAAUCGACUACAAGCAUGAUGGAUAUAUUACCUAUGACGAGUUUCGCGAUUUCUUGAUUCUAAUGCCUCGUUUACACGGGUCGAGAAUCAGGACGGCAUUCAACUUCAUUGUUGAAGAGUUUGAUGUGAGUUCCGAUGGUGAUGUCACUUUGCAGAAUCAAUUUUUGAACGGCAUUGGCUUUUUCUUAGCCGGUGGGCUAGCUGGUGUUGUAUCGAGGACAUGCACAGCACCAUUUGACCGAAUCAAGGUGUUUUUAAUUGCACGUACCGAUUUAACUUCCACGAUUCUCCAUUCAAAGCAAGAAAUCGCCAAGCAGAUUGCCCUGGGUGCCCAAACGCACGUUAUCGAGGAAUUGCGGAAAAAGCUAGCGCAUGCCGAAUUGGAAAAGAAAAUCGAAGCAUCGGCGCCUACUACAUUGAGAGAAAAGACCAUUCGCUCACCGAUAAUCCAAGCGGCACGCACGAUUUGGAAACAAGGUGGAAUCAAGGCCUUUUACGUGGGCAAUGGCUUGAACGCGCUCAAGGUGUUUCCCGAGUCGGCGAUGAAGUUUGGCUCGUUUGAAGCAGCCAAGCGGUUCUUUGCCCGAAUUGAAGGAGUCGAUGACGUGGCCAACAUUUCGAAAUUGUCGACCUAUCUCGCUGGUGGAUUUGGAGGUGUGUUAUCUCAAUUUGUGGUGUAUCCCAUCGACACGUUGAAAUUCAGACUACAAUGCUCGAAUCUAGAUAGCUCGCUAAAGGGGAAUGCAUUGUUGAUCCAAACAGCCAGGGACUUGUUGCAAGAAGGCGGCGUCAAAAUUUUUUAUCGAGGCUGGCUUGCUGGAGUCAGUGGGAUAUUCCCCUAUGCCGCCUUGGAUUUGGGUACGUUUUCCACCAUCAAGUCGUACUUGAUACGCAGAGAAGCACUUAAAUUGAAAGUGCCCGAGGACGACGUCAAAUUGCCCAACUGGAUCGUGCUAUCCUUGGGUGCAUUUUCGGGGUCCUUUGGAGCCACUGUGGUUUACCCCAUUAAUUUGUUAAGGACAAGGCUACAAACCCAGGGCACCUAUGCCCAUCCGUACACGUACAAUGGAUUCUUUGACGUUCUUCACAAGACGAUAGCGCGGGAAGGUUACCCUGGUCUUUUCAAAGGGCUAGUGCCCAACUUGGCCAAGGUGGCACCGGCGGUCUCGAUAUCAUAUUUCGUUUAUGAAAACUUGAAAAACUUGUUUGGGUUGCACGAGACGGUGUGA